UUACAUUGAUAAAUUUUUGUCAGAACAUUUCAUGUUGACAGGCCUGCAGGUUCUGCAAUCGUCCAAGGUUGCUACAUACAUCAACAGCAUCCAUCUAGAGGAACUCAGGAAUCUUCCAAUCACAAGUCAAGUAAUAUCAAUCCUUAUCUAGUUAAGAAGAGUUAUGAACAAGAUGAACAGCACAAACAAAGACAACGGUUUACUCAUAGUAAUCAAGCGGGAAUGCUUUUUGGAAUUGUGGGGACUGCAGCUGCCCUUGGUAUGGGCUCUGCUCUAUGUAAGAGCCAAGGAGAAGAUAUAAUUGAUAAAGACUUGCCUCCUAAUUCACCAAAAGCUUCUACAAAAACUAGUGUCUCAGUUGAAGAACUCUUGGACAGUCAGGAAAUUCAUUCAGUUGGUCGAGAUGUUGCCGGCACAGAGAAAUAUGACCCCCGGACUCAAGAAUCCUCUGAAGAAGACACUGCCAAUGUUCAAAAUAGUCCAAAAGCUUUCAGCACUGCAGCAAUUAUUGGUUCUGUUCAAAAAGAAAAAUUGAGUGAUCUACAGAAGACAGUGAGGAAAUCUCGUCAGCUAUUGAAACGUGUUAUGGAGGAGGCUGGGGCACCAGGCCUAGUUAUAUCAGUGUCCGUGGAUGGCAAGACAGUUUGGGCAGAUGGUUUUGGCUUUGCUGAUCUUGAGAACCAUGUUCGGUGCUCACCAGAUACUGUGAUGCGUAUAGCCAGCAUCAGCAAGCCUCUGACCAUGACUGCCGUUGCUAAAUUAUGGGAAGCAGGGAAACUGGAUCUUGAUGCUCCAAUUCAGAAAUAUAUUCCAAGUUUCCCUGUCAAAACCUACAAUGGUGAGGAGGUAAGACACAAAGGUAGAUAUAAAAACAAAGAAAAUGUAAACAAAGUGUCAAAGAAAGCAAUAGAGGAGAAAGACGAGACGAAUGAAAAAAUACAAGAUGAAAAAGCGGUCGCCAUUAGUGCAGAAGAAGUUAAAAGUGAAAAAGAGUUCUCAGACAACAAACAGAAUGGAGAUGAGAAGAAUGGAAAUUGUAUAUCAGUAACUGAUCGCAAAAGAAUGGAGCUAUACAAAAUCAUAAGAGCAAAAGCCAACAAAAGAAGGAAAAUGAUUGAAAAAGCGGAGGAAGAGAAUGAAUUUAACAUGGAGGAAUAUUAUAUUAAGGAAGAAUUUGACACCAUUCAGGAGGCAUUGGAACUGUUUCAAAAUGAUGAGCUCUUCUUCAAACCUGGUUCAGGUUACCAUUACACAACUCAUGGAUGGACGGUCGUGAGUGGCGUGGUGGAGGCUGCUUCCGGGAAACCGUUUACUGAAGUCAUUACUGGUCUCUUUUAUGUCCUUGGGAUGGAUAAUACAUACCUUGACAAAAAUAAUCCCAUUAUUUAUAAUAGAUCCAGGAACUAUGUUCGUGACGUACAUGGAAAGCUGAUGAACGCCGCAUACAUAGACAACUCUUAUAAGUGGGCCGGUGGUGGAUUCCUCUCUACAGUUCAUGACCUCAGCAAGUUUGGAAAUAUCAUGCUGUAUGCAAGCCAACACAACAGUGACGAUGGUACCCAAAGUGUGCCAGGGAUCUUGAAGGUAUCAACCAUGCGAGAUCUCUGGACACCAGUGAAGGGCACCGGGCCCCUUGGUAGCGGCUAUGGAAUGGGUUGGGGCGCUGCAGAAGACAAAUAUUUAUGUGGAUUUUGUCGAAGUUCUCGACGUCAUGCUUCUCAUUCAGGAGGGGCAGUAGGGGCCAGUAGUUGCCUCCUGGUUCUGCCCAAGCAAGAUUACAGCAGCAAAGAGCAUGGGACUCCCCCUAAAGGGGUUGUUGUUGCAAUAAUCACCAACAUGCAGGGUGUUCGCUUGAAGAACGAAGCACUGCAGAUUGCUAAACUUUUUGAGAAUAUUCAGUAACAUUUUUAGAUAUUUAGGACAUGCAUAUGGGCAGUCAUCUAAAGAUUUAAUUUUUCAUAAUAUAAACCAAACUGUAUUUUAUAACAAACAAAUGGAUCUUGGUUGUAGGGAACCUAAAGUAUGCAUAUUACAAUAACACUGUACAGUUUUCAGAUACAGGUAUUUCAUGUAAAUUAUAUUGUCAAGUAAUACAGUAUUUGAAGAAGAAAAAAUAGCAUUAUAAAUUUAUGCUAAUUACAAUACAAUACAGUACUGUAUAUGGAAUAUAAAUUGCAAUUCAUUAAGCACGCGUGUAAAUUGUCAACUUCUUGUAGACGUCUGAUGAUGAUAAAAUCCCCAAGUAACUUAAUACCAUUUUAUGAACUCUUAGUCUCAGAAUACAAUAGUUUGCUUUCCUAAUAAUUAAGUUACAAAUUAGAUUUUUUAAAGAGUGGAACGGUAUAUUUUAAUUAUUACAGUAAUAUUUUGGAGUUCCAAGCUGUGGGGUACAAAUUUUAUCUGAUGACCAGGUCUUAGGUUCUGAUCGUUCUUCCAAUAAAAUUCUCUCCAAACUGAAGAUUUAAGUACAGGAUGCACCUAAUUGUCCCCCUUCAGUUACAAUACAAAGAUGUCAACCAAAAUGGCACUGAAAUUGUACUGAAACUACCUUAACUAAAUAAUGUUCUUUGAACCUCAGUCAAUGAAAAAAAAAUAAUGUAAGAAUGAUUGUAAUACAGACAUAAUUAGGGUGUGAGGGGCAUUUCUGUUGAUGGUACAUACAGUCUAGUCUUGUCAGGGCUCCUAAUUCUUCUACCCUGCAGUGGUAGGGAGCUGUGUACAGGAUGUUAGAUUUAACUUUUGUACAGUCAACAAAAAAAAUUCUGCACCUUUAUGGUGUUAUACAAUAUGACAUACCGGACCAAGAAUUCUGAAAACACUCAUUUACGUGGGCGAUUCCUGUUAAUGUCUCUGUAUUAACUAUGGUAUAUGAUAUAAAAAAUACAUCAUACUGGUUAUACAAUGCAUCACACAACCAGAAAUACCAACCUUACCAUAUUAACAUGGCCUCAGUCAGUGAUCGUUGCAGAAGCCAUCAGACCAAGGGGUGCAGAAUAUUUUUUGCUGACUGUACAUACAUUUAAUAUAAAAUAAAAUUAAAAAAUAUAAAUAUAUAGUGUACACAUUUAAAUUGUGUAAAAUAUAACAGAUUCUGUACAAUAUGUAUAAGUUUUAUUGAUGUGCUGAGGGAGUUGUUAAUAUUUUGAGUUAUUAUGAAAGUGAGUUGACCAAAGAGUUACCAGAGUAAUCAGAAGAAAUUUGUCAACAAAAUGAAUUGCACCAUACAACCUUGUGAGCAUGCUAUUAACAUCUUGUAAGCUCUUUCUACCCAUGGCACAGGGUGGACUGUUUUAAAAGCAGACACUCUACCCACACUUGCUAAUAUUUUUUCUCACUACCUGCCUUAUUCGCUUACAGUGUUACCCUCUACUAAAAGUCCCAACGAUAUCCAUCUGCUUUUAUCCCAAUCCUUUAUUACACCCCAAGUUUGCACAGCUGCAGCACAUUAGCUUUUUGUUAAGAAAGAAUAGCUUUUCAGAAUAUUGUUCCCUCAGGAUGAUGAUGUGCCUUAUUCUAGUGACAAAAAAAAAUAAUUCUUCUCCUUAUUAAUGUAAGAUCACCAAAAAUUAAUUAUUGUAAUUUACACUUA